AUGGAUCAUGACUCAGGCGAAGGGAAGCUGGAGAGUGCGCCAAAGUUCGACGGGAGCGACUAUUGGACUUGGAGCUUCCGAUUUGAGCAAUGGGCAGAGGCACACGAUCUAUGGGGGUACUUUGAUGGUUCGGAGGAGCGGCCUGCAUCGGGUGACGCACGGUUAAAGUGGGAGAGGAGAAAUCAAAAGGCAUUUGCCCAAUUCUGCAAUGCCUUGGUGCCAGAUGAGUUGAUUCGCUUGGAUGAGGGACAUGCAUGGCAGCGAUGUCCUCAUCGACCUAAGGGAGGCAUUCCGGCAUUCUUAAAGCGGGGGGGUCGUGGAUCCAACGGCAAGGCACAGGUGGCGGAUGAGGAGGAGCAGGAUGACAAGGCAGAGGCAGUGGUUGGAGAGGCAGUUGCAGCAGUGGGAGAGGAGCAGCCACGAGAGGGGUGGUGGAUUGACAGUGGGGCCAGCCACAACUUUACUCCUUAUGCAUCGGACUUCAAAAGUAAGCUUCAGCCACCAGAGGUUCGGGGAGUUAGAUUGGGAGAUGGACGGGUGGUGAAAGCUGUUGGCAUGGGUGAGGUGCCAGUGGUUGGUGCUGGACGUCAGCUGCUGAGGAUUCAAAAGGUCCACCUUGUGCCUGAGAUGCACAAGCGUCUGCUGUCAGUCCCACACCCCACCUCUCGAGAUGUCAUUGUCACAUUCAAGGGCAAGAAAUGUGUUCUUAAACAGGGGGAGAGGGUGUUGGCGAUUGGAGAAAAGGAGAGGGGCAGGGACCAUGGAUUGGUGCAGAUGUCUCUUCCUCUUGCUCGGGGCACACAAGGCAGUGCUCUUGUAGCUGGGUCCUCCUCAUUUUCCCCAUUGACCCUUGCUCAUCGCCGCCUUGGUCACACCGCCCCCACAACAUUGCAACAGAUGGCUCGGGGGAACUGUGUACUGGGCUUGGAGAUCGGGGGGGAGAGCACUGAUUGCUCCCCAUGUGAACCUUGCUUAUUGGGAAAGUCGGCUCGGAAGCCGUUUCCCCACGAGGCGUCUCGGGCACUUGGGCCUUUGGAUGAGGUCCACAUGGAUUUGUGGGGGCCAGUGCGCACACCGUCACUGGGAGGAGCGGUGUAUGUCCUCAGUCUCAUUGACGACUUCACCAGACGAGUUUGGUCGUUCCCACUCCCCAACAAGGAAUCGGCCACAGUCGCAAAAGUUCUUCGCCAGUGGCAUAAGGACGUGGAGUUGGAGUGUGGGCGGAAGCUGAAGGCUGUUCGCUCCGACAGGGGUGGCGAGUUCUUGGGGGACGCUGUGAAAGCAUGGAAAGCGGAGUUUGGCAUCAAAACCCAAUUUAGUGUCGCAGAUACACCGCAGCAGAAUGGGGUCGUGGAGAGGUGGCACAGGACGAUGGCAGAGGGGAUUCGCACAUUGUUGGUCGACAGUGGUCUCCCUGCUCGCUUGUGGGGUGAAGCAUUGAUGUGGGUCGUGUGGGUUAAGAAUAGGGUCACCCACAGUGCUUUGCCUGCCUCCAUCACACCAAUGGAGGCGUGGUCCGGCCAGAAGCCGCAUGUGGGCAUGGCUCGGAUUUGGGGUUGCAUGGGGAGUGUCAUGCAACAUGGGCAUGAGAAGGGUGGCAAGCUUGAUGCACAGGCUGUCAUGUGUGUCUGUGUUGGGGUGGACAUGGAGAGCAAGGGUUGGCGCAUGCUGGACCCUUCUCUCAUGCGCAUUCGCAUUGCUCGGGAUGUUGAUUUUCUUGAGAAUGUGAUGUGGAAGGAUUGGGACAAGGCAAAGGGAUUUGGGGAGCUUCUGCAGGAUGCAGCUGCGAUUUCCCAACUCCUCCCUCUUCCACUCUCGCCACCCUCAGCACCGGCUGACGACGUUGAGAUGCCACCUUCAUCACUGCCACCGGCACCGCUGAGUGUGUCGAUGCAGCAGCAGCCCACCCCUUUGCAGCAGCUCAGUGGCCCCUCGGUCAUUCAGCGGAGAUCCGCUACACAGGCUACUUCCUCUUCCUCCUCCUCUGGUCAGCGCUCUGUCCCUCUCUCUACGAGUGCCCCUCCGUCACCAGCGACUACCUCCCCACCACCGGUUACGGGGAGGUGGAAGGUGUUGCACUGGCAGGUGUGA